CACACACACACACUCACACGCUCGACUUUUCGCGGUCGACGCUCUCUCGUUUUCUGCUGGAUCACAUUUUUCUUCAACUGAUGAUUGCUUGAUUGAUCAAAUUAUUCGUCUAGGGUUUGAAGGUUUUCAAUCGAACUUCACAUGGCAGAGACUUCGAGGUCUCAAUUCACAAUCACUCUGGGCCGUAGUGGUCAGGUUGUGAAAAGAGCAGGAGCAGUGUUAGAUCGAGGUUUUUCUGAUUCUCGGCCAGCGAUUGGAGGCAAGCGAUCGAUUAGAGAUAGGCUGGGAACUGAUGUUGAUGGAUUUCAACUCAACAACAAACGGCAAAGGGGAUAUAGUAAUAAAUUGAACAAUUGGAAUGGUGUAGAAGAUGCACGGCUUGACAAAGAUGACCUCAGAUUCAAACUUAGGCGGAAAAACAAGCUUGGAAGAGAGCAGAAUGAUGUUCAGAUGAAUAAGGUGGAUCGACGUGAAGCGCCUUCAAGAUCAGUUCGGCAUACCACAACAAGUCUAAACUUGCGGCCCCACAUGCCUGAACGAAGACAUGCUAGGGAUCUUGGGCCUGAGCGUAAGGGUGCAAGCAUAUUGAGUCAGAUUCCUUAUACAAGAAGUGCUGAUGCCUUGCCCCGGAUGGACUCAUUGAGAGAUUCUUAUUCAGCUUGGACCCCGAAUAGGGUAAGGAGAAGAUCACCGGAUGUAGUUUUUCGUACUUCUAGGAAUCUCUCCCCACAAAGGAAUGAUGUAGAUAUUACGAGAAGGCCGUUAAUGAGGGCCUAUGAUGAUGAUAGAACACAGUCAUAUAUGAGCAGCGAUAUUCUUGAGCGUGGAAGGUCCUUGGGCACUUCGUCUUAUAUGACAAAACCACCAACUGCUUCUGCACCUUUGAAGUCUUUUGUGCCACCGCUAGCCUUACCGUCCCGACCGAGUGGGAUUGUGCAUAGAAGUUCAUACAUGGGCAAUGAACAUCUUACGGUGGAUGGCUUAUUGUAUUCAUUGGGUUUGGAAAGUUACUCCAUCUCUUUUAAGGCUGAGGAAUUCACUGCAGAUAGGAAUCAUGGGGAAGCUUCCUGGUGUGAAGUAUUCACCAUUUCGGACCUGAGAAGUACCUCUCGCUUGGUGGAUAUGACUGCGCUGAGGCAGAUGGGAGAUAAUGACCUCAAACAGUUGGGAAUACCCAUGGGACCGAGGAAAAAAAUUCUGCUUGCCCUGCUGCCUCGUUCCCAGAGACCGUUGUGAUCAAGUUAUACUUUCGAAGACCUGAGAAUAUUUAUGGGGCAUUAGUGCUGUUACCGCAUGGGAAGACUUUAUUCCAGAAUUUCCACAUCCAGUUGAUCCUGCAUUUCAUUCCAAGUUUGGUCUGGAUCGCUGCUGUUGAUUGGCUUCCAUGUUUGUACUUUCUCAAGUAUAGCUGUAAGGUUUAAUGUUGUUGCAUUGUAAAGAAGUUUUGUAUUCUUUUGAGUUGGGAAGCAUACUGGGAAAAGGAUUAGAGAUUGCAGAUUUCUGUUAACUUAAAUGGUGAAAAACCUAAUAAUUCCGGGUUAGACCCGUUACAAAGUAUGAAUGAAGGGGAAGCUUUUGGUUUUA